UUAUGUUACUUGGAGUUUUUUUCACGGCUUUAAAUAAUAAUUACGGUGAAAAAUGACGACUGUCGUCGCUCAGUCCCACUUCAUCUUUGGUCUACGAACAGGUGUGACUAAUAAUUUGUGUUUCUUCGACGAGCAAACCGUGGUUUUUCCCUGUGGAAACAACGUUGUGUGUUACAACACGGUGCAAAGAUGUCAGAGGUUCAUUCCAGGCUCAGAGAAAAGCAAGGACAUGCGAGCUUUGGCCAUCAGUGCUAACCGGCGUUAUUUGGCAGUGUCGGAGCGCGGCGAGAAGGCCACCAUCACUGUGUUUGACCUGCAGCACGAGCAGGGCAGGAAGAGGAAAGUCCUGACUGCAGGUGAUAUCCCUGUCGGAGAGUUUGUAUGCAUGGCUUUCUCCCCGGAUUCCAAGUAUCUAAUUGGCCAAUCAGGAGACCCAGAGUGGACAUUGAUCUUGUGGCUUUGGGAAAAGCAGAAAGUCCUGGCAACAGUGAAAACCAGUAACUCAAACAACCCUGUCACCCAGGUCAGCUUCAACCCACACAACAACAUGCAGCUGUGUGUGAGCGGAACUGGUGUGUUCAAGCUGUUCCGCUACACAGAGGGAGCCCUGAAACAGAGCAGCUUCCCAAAGGUGGAGUCCAUCAGUUUCCUGUGUCAUACUUGGAUGACGGCAGAGCGGGUGGUGGCGGGGACGGACACUGGCAGGCUGCUGGUGUUUGAGUCUGGAGACCUGCGGAGAGAGAUCAGCACAUCUUACAAGGCUUUGCACGAGCAGCCAGACAGGCAAAUUGGGACAAGGAUGAUCAAAGACCCUGACAUGGAUAAAGCAUCUCCCGCCUCUCCCAUAACUGCCAUUCUGUCCUAUUCGAAGGGCUUUGUGUGCUCAGUGGGUCUGGGCACUGUGUGUCUUUUUGAAAAGACAGAGGAGGACAGUUACAGGAGGAGCAGGGAGAUUAAGAUCCCUCCAGACCCACACAGCGAUGAGGUGACCACAGCUGAGAGACAGGAGGUUGACACCAUGUGCAUCAGUCCAGCAGAGGAGACCCUAGCCAUCAGCACAGACCAAGGACAGUUGUACAGCAUCAGCCUGUCAUCUGUGGACAUCAGCAAGGAAGAACAACCACACUUUGAGUUUCUGUCCCAGUCCUUCCACUGCAAGUCCAUCACUGGUUUAUCCGUCUGCCUUUGGAAGCCCCUUGCAGCCACCAGCUCUCUGGAUCGCUCUGUUCGCAUCUGGAACUACGAGACAAAAGUGUUGGAGCUAUACAAGGGAUUCCAGGAAGAGGCACACAGCGUAGCUCUGCAUCCCUCCGGCCUUUUCAUCCUGGUCGGCUUUUCAGACAAACUCAGACUUAUGAACCUGGUUCUCGAUGACAUCCGCACGUUCAAGGAGUUUAAUGUUCGCGGCUGCAGAGAGUGCGCUUUCAGCAAUGGUGGCCACAUGUUUGCAGCUGUCAAUGGAAAUAUAAUUCACAUCUACUCAGUCACCUCGUUUGAAAAUAUCCUCACUCUGAAGGGCCACAAUGGAAAGAUCCGUGGUGUUAAAUGGAGCCUGGAUGACAGGCGGCUUGUGUCAUGUGGGAUGGAUGGUGCGGUGUAUGAGUGGAACACACAGACUGGCAAGCGUGAGUCAGAGAGCGUCCUCAAGUCCUGUGGCUACACGGGCGUGGCCUUCUCUUCAGACUGUGCGACCAUCCUGGCUGUGGGAACUGACCUCACGCUGAAGGAGAUCCAAGACUGUCAAGUCCUGAGGGAGGUUCCUGGUGAUGAGAUAGCUCAAAGUGCCGUCGCCGUGUCACACUCUGGAAGGGUCAUCUUCACUGGGACCUCCAGUGGAACCAUCAGGGCCAUUAAAUACCCAUUACCCAUUCAGAAGGACUGGAUCAUGUACCAGGCUCACUGUGGCCCAGUUUCCAAGAUGGAGAUCACGUCCGAUGAUCAGUUCCUGCUGACGGCGUCUGACGAUGGCUGUCUCUUGAUAUGGAAGAUCAUUGAUAAGGAAGGCCGAGGAUUGAAGAGCAACAGGCAAAUCAUCCACACCGAAGAGAUUCUUGUCACCAAGUCAGACCUGGAGGAAAAGACGCAGAACAUGCUGGAGCUAAAGAUGCAUCUGGAGGAGAUGCAGAUGGAGAACGAGUACCAGCUCCGCCUGAAGGACAUGAGUUACAACGAGAGGUUGAAGGAGAUUUCGGACAAGUUUACGCAGCAAAUCGAAUCUCUGCAAAAUACACAGCAGGCCAUGAGGACAGAGAUGGAAAAGCAGGACUGUGAGCACCAGCAGAGCUCUGAAGAGCUCACUGUGACACAUUCCAAAGAACUUGAAGAUUUAGAGACGUCCUACAGCCAGAAGCUUAUUGUGGAGCAUACGAGGUUCCAGGAUCUUCAAGCAAAGUGUGAGAGGAUGCAGGAUGACUUUGAGAAGCAGCUCAAGUCUGCAGAGGAGCACAGAGUCCAAGCCCUGGAGGAACUGACACAGAGUUAUGAAGCCAAGCUGCAGGAGAAGACUCAGCUCCUGGCUCAGUGUCAGGAGGAUGCACAGCAGCAGAUCCGGGAGUUUAAAGAAAUCGUAAAGCAGGUAGAGGAGGAUGAGGACAAGAUGAUCCACAACAUCCAAAUUAAAUAUGAGAAGCAGCUACGCACGGAAAAAGAGACCAACACAAAUCUGAAGGGAGAAAGCAGUCUCAUUGUCCAAAAGGUCCACAGUCUGCAGAGGCAGAUUGAAGACAAGGGCACAGACAUAGACAAACUGAAGCAGGAGCGGCAGCGGCUGCUGAGACUGAUCCGCUCCCUGGAGAGUGACAUCGAGGACCUGAAGAGACAGAUCGCUGGACAUGAAAAGACCAACCAGGACAAGGAUAAGACCAUUGCUGGCUUGAAGAAGAAGAACCAGGAGCUGGAGAAGCUGAAGUUUGUUCUGGAUUUCCAGUGCAGUGAGCUUAAGAAGCAGACUGAGCCACAACAAGACGAGAUCAUUGAGAAGAAGGAGAGGAUCCAUCAGCUGCAGGAGGAGCUGGUGCAGAGCCAGAAGAGCAACACUCAGCUGAAGCUCACAGUGACCGACCUGAGACUCAAACUGACCACCAGAGAUAAGGAGAUGCACAAGGAGAUGCAGAAAGUGAAAGAUUUGGAGACACAUCUUAAGCGGUUCAAGUCAGACCUUCAUAACUGUGUUGGCUUCAUUCAAGAGCCAAGGAAACUUAAGGACAGUGUGCAGAUGAUCUAUGCCCGCUACGUGCCACAGGCUGAUGGAGUGGACAAAAGCAGCGUAGACGAAGAUGUUCAGAGGGCUUUCUGCCGCCACCGCGAUCACCUGGAGAGGACGGUGAACAGUCUGAAAAUGAGGCUGACCAAAUCCACCGAGGAGCAUGAGCGAGUGUAUGCCAGGAUCAUGAAGGAGAACGUGACUCUGAUCACUGAAAUCAACGAACUGCGCAAGGAGCUGCGUUUAGUGAGGAGUCAGGUUAAAGACUACAAAGCUCAGCUGAUCACAUACAAGAGAUCCAACAAGUCACGUCCAAACUCAGAGGAAGGACCAAACAAGGAACCUGAGCGUGAAAACGUCAGUUAAAAGACUGUUGUCAAACUAUUGGAGCAGCAAUGGGACAAAGUACUUCAGGGAUGAUUAAAAAAACAUGAUAACAGUAAAAUGACAACACAAUUUAAUCUCAUAUUUACAAUGAAGAUAACCUUGAAUAUUAAGUAUUAUAUUUCUACAAUUCAGUGUAAAUGUAGAUGAAAUAAAGGGGUCAUCUGAA